AUGAACGGAAAUACGGGCACCGGUCGCAAGCAAGCAGCCAUAGUUGCCGCAACAGCAGCUGCAGCUGUAGUCUCGUCGCCUGCUACAUUCUCCAAGCCUGACAUGCCGACGUCAUCUUCAAAGUCUCCGCGCGUAUGGAACACCAAAAAUCUUGGAUGGCGCCUCGCUGCAGAUGCUAUCUCAGCAGCCGCUGCUGCCACUAUGGUAGCACCGCUGAUAUCAAUUAUUGAUCGGUCUAUAAUGGAGAAUGCAUCCGGACGCCGGUCGCUGAUAGAAUCCGUCAAGAGUUCACUCGUCAACCUAAUCAUGAGACCACACAAGAUCAUAUUCGCGCGACCCUUUGCGCUAAUCUGCAUGACAUACGGUGGAACCUAUCUCACAGCCAACACACUCGACACAGCGACGUCGACAGUCCAAAACAAGCCUGCGACCCUCGUCACUUCGGGAACUGCCAAGUUUGUCGCUUCUUCCACUGCCAACACUGGGCUUGGUAUAUACAAGGAUCAGGUUUUUGCUCGAAUGUUUGGUCCGCCUGGCGCAACCCCGCGGCCCGUACCGCUGCCUUCUUACCUACUCUUUGCCAUGCGGGAUGCCGUCACCAUCUUCGCCUCAUUCAACCUUCCCAUUAUGCUGGCGCCGUACCUCAACAACAACCUAUCGGACGGCUUCAAGAAGCACAUCAGCGGACAGACCCUGGCUCAGUUUGCCGCCCCGGCCGCCAUCCAGAUCAUCAGCACUCCACCGCACCUCCUUGGCCUCGAUCUUUAUAACCGCCCAACCUGCGCUCGUUCAGGUUCCCCAACCUUGGCUGAGCGCUGGGCCUCGGUACGAAGCAACUGGGCCAUAAGUUCUUGUGCUCGUGUUUGCAGAAUCGUGCCUGCCUUUGGAGUAGGAGGUGUUGUCAACUUCAAGGUUCGGAGGCAGUUCAUGGAGAAGCUUACCUAG